CGCCCAAUGCGAGAGAGACGAGAUUAUGUAAAUGAGUGGAUUCUGGCUGAGCUAUCCUAUUGGCUAUCGGGACAAGAUUUGCUUGAGCCAAUCAAAGUGCUCCGUGGACAAUCGGCGUUCUGUCUAUAAAAGGGUGAAGCGGCGGCUUCUUGGGUGACUUUUCCGGUCGCCAGGCAGGAGUUUCACUCGGUGACUGCUAUCGCUGUCAUGUCUGGUCGUGGCAAGCAAGGAGGCAAGGCCCGCGCCAAGGCCAAGUCGCGCUCGUCCCGCGCCGGCCUCCAGUUCCCGGUAGGGCGAGUGCACCGCUUGCUACGCAAAGGCAACUACGCGGAGCGGGUGGGGGCCGGCGCGCCAGUCUACAUGGCGGCGGUCCUCGAGUACCUGACCGCCGAGAUCCUGGAGCUGGCGGGUAACGCGGCUCGGGACAACAAGAAGACGCGCAUCAUCCCUCGUCACCUCCAGCUGGCCAUCCGCAACGACGAGGAACUGAACAAGCUGCUGGGCAAAGUCACCAUCGCCCAGGGCGGCGUCUUGCCUAACAUCCAGGCCGUGCUGCUCCCUAAGAAGACGGAGAGUCACCACAAGGCAAAGGGCAAGUGAGGCUGACGUCCGGCCCAAGUGGGCCCAGCCCGGCCCGCGGUCUCGAAGGAAGGGGCACCUGUGAACUCAAAAGGCUCUUUUCAGAGCCACCCACGUUUUCAAAUAAAAGAGUUGCUAAUGCCAGC